AUGCCGGCCUACAACAUCGUCGUUUUUGGCGGAGACCAUUGUGGUCCCGAAGUCACCGCAGAAGCAGUCAAAGUUCUCCGAACCGUAGAGAAGAAACGUGAUGUCUCGUUCAACCUGCAAGAUCACCUACUAGGCGGGGCUUCGAUCGAUGCGACCGGAUCGCCCUUAACUGAUGAGGCCUUGAGUGCUGCUAAGAAUGCCGAUGCUGUCCUCCUGGGUGCCAUUGGCGGACCAAAAUGGGGUACCGGUGCUGUCCGUCCCGAACAAGGAAUCCUCAAACUGCGCAAGGAGAUGGCCACCUUUGGCAAUCUGCGUCCUUGCAAUUUCGCCGCGCCCUCGCUGGUCGAGAGCUCGCCGCUGAGAGCUGACAUCUGCCGCGGCGUCGACUUCAACAUCAUCCGUGAACUGACGGGCGGUAUCUACUUUGGCGAACGGAAAGAAGAUGACGGCAGCGGCUUCGCCCUUGACACAGAGCCCUACUCGCGCACGGAGAUCGAGCGGAUCACCCGCCUAGGCGCCCAUCUGGCCCUGCAACACAACCCGCCCCUCCCCGUUUGGAGCUUGGACAAGGCCAACGUCCUGGCGACGAGUCGACUGUGGCGCAAGACUGUGUCCGAGGUCAUGGCCAAGGAGUUCCCGCAGCUGAAGAUCGAGCACCAGCUCAUCGACUCCGCCGCCAUGAUCAUGGUCAAGGAGCCCCGCAAGCUCAACGGCAUCAUCAUCACCAGCAAUCUGUUCGGUGAUAUCAUCAGCGACGAAGCCAGUGUCAUCCCAGGCUCUCUAGGUCUGCUCCCCAGCGCCAGUUUGAGCGGCAUCCCCGACGGAAAGAGCAAGGUGAACGGUAUCUACGAACCGAUCCACGGCUCUGCUCCCGACAUCGCCGGCAAAGGCAUUGUGAACCCCAUCGCUGCUAUUCUAUCCGUCUCCCUGAUGUUCCAGUAUUCGUUUGGCUUGUUCGACGAGGCCCGCGCCAUUGAGGCGGCUGUGCGCAAUGUGAUCGAGUCCGGUGUCCGAACAGGUGAUAUUGGCGGCAAGUCGACCACCAGCGAAGUUGGAGAUGCGGUGGCCGCCGAGUUGGAGACUCUGUUAGCAUAG